UCGAGUGGGGCUCUGAAGUUGUCGAAGGGAGGUAACUCAUGGAAGACAACAAAGCGUGUUAGCGACCUAGACGAGAAAAGCAUGGCAUCAAUUGAUGUUCUGCAAAAAGUUAAAGGCUCAAGAAAACGGAAAGAUACAUCCAGGGAUAUGAACAAACCAGCUGAAAUGGAAGAAAUUCCACCCAAAAAGAAAUCAAAGAAAAAGCAAAAAGAAAAAGAAAAAACAUCCGACGGCUCAUCAGAUACUGCAGAAGCACCUGUACAGAAAUUGUUCAACAGCCAUGACAACUCAGCCAUCUGGUCUUCUGAGGAAGUGACAAAACUACUUUCCAAUGUCGAGGAGAAAUACUCGAGUAAACAACAGCGUGAUGUUUCAUACCGCCGAGUCAUGACUAAAAUACAAUGGGAGAGUGUCGCUGUAGAACCUCACACACCGGAAGAGUGUAGAACUAAGUUUACGGAACUCCUAACAAAGGUUCGCUCGCUUCGUUCCCUCUCAGAGAUGGUUAAAGCAGUAAGAAAUGUCAAAGUACAUCAUGGUCCAAAGCCACCGGUGUCGGUUUAUAUGUUAUUUUGCAGCAAAUAUAGAAAGAAACACAAGGGAAAAUCAAUAUCAACAAAUGAUUUAGGAAGAAGUUACCGUAGUCUUUCUGAAAAAAAGAGGAAAAAACUUGAGAGCCAAUACGAAGAAGAGAAAUUGAAAUACAACCAAGAAAUGGCAAAGUUCAAAGAGCAAAAUCCAGAUUUAUAUCCAGUCAAAACUCCGAAAUCACCUAAACAAAUUAGACCUAAGGAAGAAAAGUGUCCAAAGGUGGUCACCCCUAUUUCCCUUUAUGUAGAACAUGUGCUGGAGAAGGAACUGGCCACCAAUCCAGAGGCAGACAAAUUAGUACUACGUAACAGUGCGAAAGCAAAGUUUGCAUCACUGAAGGCUAAAAAGCAGCAGAAGUGGUUGGAUCAAGCAGUUCUGGCUAACAAAGAUUUAACGGCAAGACUGAAAGCAUACCAAGACAAACAUCCAGACAAAGUCCAUUCCAUAGCAAUGCUGAGAAGUGCACAGAGCAUUGCAGACAAAGCUAAAGGAAAACCAGAAAAGCCUCGAACUUCUUUCAAAAUAUUUUCGCAACAAAAUAUUAAGAAGUCCAACUUGACUCACCUGACAUCACGUCAGCAACAGAAAGAAAGCAUGGUACAGUGGAAAACCAUGCCGCUGUCAGAAAAGAUGGAAUAUGAAAGACAAGCACUUAAGGAAAAGGUGGAAUAUGAACAAAAGUACAAAGCAUAUCUGCAGAGUCUACCUGAGAAUGAACGUAAAGACUUGGAAAAGAGAGAGAACGUCCAGAAAAAUUCUGCAAGGUCAUCGAGUGAUGAUGUAUUGGACCAGAGCAGGAGGAAUCAGCGUAUCACCUCUCCAAAUGGAGAUCACCAUGAAUCAGAUGACAAGAUGUCAGAUGUAAUUCCAGACAUACAGGAAGAAGUAAGGAAAAGAAAGACAGCAAAAAAGAAAGCAGGAUCAAAGCGACCCCGAUCAUCAUCAUCUGAUGAAGAAACAAUGACUAAAAUAAAAUCAGCCCGAAAGUCGUUGCCCCAGAAAUCACCUAAGAAACAUGUAUUGCCUUCUUCAUCGUCAGAUUCUUUAUCAGCUAGUUCUGAGGAACCACCACCAAAAAACACUAGUGUAAGUAAGAAGGGAGUUACCUCACCUGAAAAAGCACAGAAAAAGAGUUCAUCAAGUUCAUCAGCAGAUUCAUCAUCGGACAGUGACGAGGAACCACCACCCAAAAAAUCUAGUGUUUCCCCGAAAAAGGCAGUUACCUCACCCAAAAAGGUACAGAGAAAGAGUUCAUCAAGUCCAUCGGCAGAUUCAUCAUCGGACAGUGACAAGAAACCACCACCCAAAAAAUCUAGUGUUUCCCCGAAAAAGGCAGUUACCUCACCCAAAAAGGUACAGAGAAAGAGUUCAUCAAGUUCAUCGGCAGAUUCAUCAUCGGACAGUGACAAGAAACCACCACCCAAAAAAUCUAGUGUUUCCCCGAAAAAGGCAGUUACCUCACCCAAAAAGGUACAGAGAAAGAGUUCAUCAAGUUCAUCGGCAGAUUCAUCAUCGGACAGUGACAAGAAACCACCACCCAAAAAAUCUAGUGUUUCCCCGAAAAAGGCAGUUGCUUCACCCAAAAAGGUACAGAGAAAGAGUUCAUCAAGUUCAUCAGCAGAUUCAUCAUCGGACAGUGACGAGGAACCACCACCCAAAAAAUCUAGUGUUUCCCCGGAAAAGGCAGUUACCUCACCCAAAAAGUUACAGAGAAAGAGUUCAUCAAGUUCAUCAAGUUCAUCGUCAGAUUCAUCAUCGGACAGUGACGAGGAAUCACCAACCGAAAAAUCUAAUGUUUCCCCGAAGAAGGCAGUAGUUACCUCACCCAAAAAUGUACAGAGAAAGAGUUCAUCAAAUUCAUCAUCAGUCAGUUCCAAGGAACAACUACCAAAAAAAUCUAGUGUUUCCCCGAAGAAGGCAGUUACUGCACCCAAAAACGUAGAUAGAAAGAGUUCAUCAAGUUCAUCAUCAUCGUCUGGUUCAGACAGCAAUGAGGAGGAAGCUGUUGUACAUUCACCUAAUAAGACAGAUAAAAUGUCCAAAAGAGAAUCAUCUUCAUCAUCUUCGGAAAGUGACAAUGAGGUGCUAACGCAAAAGCCUGUUGUUAAGGCUGGAAAGAAACCAUCUGCACCAGUCACAAAAAUUGUAUCAACUUCACCAUUGAAGACAACAAAAAGCCCUUUGAAAGCUCCAGCAGCAGCAGAGUCAGGCUCCAGUGACUCAGACUCCAGUGACUCGGACAGUAGCAGCGACAGUGACUCACAACCCACGGAGAAAGUACAGAAGAAGCCAGCAGUUCAAUCAAGCCCCUUCACAGCUUCAGCCAUCAAACAGGUGGUGAGUCAAAGCGAGUCAUCUAGUGAUUCAGGCAGCGACUCGGACUCGGACUCCUAAAAAUCUCCCUCUUCAGUGAAGGUUUUUACAUCCUGCAUAACAGAGAACUGGGGAAAGGAUGUUUGAGGAAAUGUCAUGAUGGCUCCAACUACAAUCAUCUGAACUCAUUCAACAGUUUAGAACUCAGAAAGUCACCUUGGAUUCAUACUGAAACAUUGAAUGUUUUUAUGCAAUGAACUUUCUAUUAUAGACCGGACAGUUUCUAAAUAUUUGGACUGUUGAAUGCGUUUGGAAGUCUCCUCAGAUUCAUUAUGGACUGUUGAAUGUGUUCGGAAGUUUCCUCAGAUCAUUGUGGACUGUUGAAUGUGUUCAGAUCUGUGUGACAAUCAUCUGUUGAACCAGAUCCAAUAUGUAAACUGUUGCUCAUUCAACAUGAACUUUGAACAUUAAUGUUGUUCCACUCUGAUACUGGUAUAUAGAAUAUUAGGGUACAUGUACUUUAGUGGUUUCUCGGAAUUAACAUAAUGAUGAAAAGUUAUGGACCUUGGGUGAGGUUGAUGUGGUGUUAUACAACAUUAUUCAUCAUUAUACAAACCUGGUAGAAUCAAAAAUUGACUGAAAUUUAAUCUGUUAUUUUUAUAUUGGAUGUGAAAUUUAAGUUGAUUGCAAAAGGAUGAAAAUGUCAUAAAUUCUAUAUUGACUAGGUGUUUCUAAAUAUAGAAACAUCAGGUUAAUAUCUCAAAAUACUGACCUCCAUCUGACCAUAUUUUAGCCAAUAAGUGAGGAAAAUGAGACCAUAUCUAAUACAAUUAUUGACAUAGUUUACAUUAGGUACUUGAUACACAUGUAAACAAAUAGCAGUGUUUUAACUCGAUUACAGUAACAAAGAACAAAUAGCAGUGUUUUAACUCGAUUACAGUAACAAA